AAUAAUAUUAUGUAAACAACAAUAUGUUUGCAUAUGUUAUAUAUAUUUAACUUGGAUUUGGGUAUUAUGAGAUAAGAUAUGUUCAAAUGCAACGUAACGUGUUAAUGUGUACUAUUUUAGUUUUAUAUUUAUAAAAAUGGCUAAGUUUGUGUUAACAUGGAAUAAUCUUAGUUACUCUGUAUACGAAAAACAUGGUUCAUCAUAUUGUUGCCGAAACCAAGAGAGAAAAAAGAUUAUAAUUGAUAAUGUUUCAGGUACUGCUUUUUCUGGCACUGUGAUUGCCAUAUUAGGAGUCAGCGGUUGUGGCAAAACUACAUUGCUUACGCUUUUAUCAGGACAACGAAAAGGUAAAGGCAGUUUACGGCUAAAUGGCAGGGUUAUCAGUGACAAAAUGCUUAGAAGCAAUUCUACAUUUAUGCAGCAAAAGGACAUAUUUAUUGAGUCGUUGACGGUCCAAGAACAUCUUAAUUUUGUGGCCGCUAUGUGCUUAAAUAAGUCACACAAGGCUCGGUUAAUAACAGUAAACAAUCUUUUAAAAGAUGUCAACAUCGAACCACUGAGAUGCCAGAAAAUCGAACAGUUAUCAUCUGGUGAGAAAAGAAAAUUAUCAUUAGCCUCAAAUCUACUCUUAGAACCCUAUAUAAUGUUUUGCGAUGAACCCACUACUGGACUGGAUAGUUUUAGUGCAGUAUCUCUAAUAAACAUAUUGCAAAACGUUGCCAUGACUGGUAAAAUUGUAUUUUUAACAGUGCAUCAGCCAUCCUCUCACCUAUUUGACAUGUUCGAUACUAUAAUUUUGCUGUCAACAAACGGCAAAGUUGUGUUUCAAGGCUCAAAGCAAAACGCAAUUUCUUUUUUCGAAAGCCAGAGCUUAAUAUGUCCACCAUCAUAUAACCCAGCAGACUUUUUCAUCAAUUGCAUAAUAGAACAAAGUAAAUUCGGAAAAAACAAGAUUGAUAAAAUGAUAGAAAAAUUUAACACAGACUAUUGUUUGAAACUACAAUUUAGCGAGCAUGAUUAUACAGGGCUACUUUUAAGGAAGAGGCAGUGUCAAAACAACUUCUUUUUCGUACUCGCCUGGAUGAUCUGGAGAAUAAUGAUUGGUAUGGCACGAGAUUUAAGGCAGUACGUUAUUAGUUUUUCAUUAACUUUGCUGACCGCACUCAUAAUAGGACUAACAUUUUCCAGCACCCAGAUUACCGACUCAAGUAGUGUUCAGAACAUUCAAGGAGCCUUGUUACUUAUAGUUUCAGAGUUGAUUUUUUACCAAAUGUAUAAUGUGAUAUAUAUCUUUCCAGGGGAAAUUGAUAUCUAUAUUCGUGAAAAAACCCUUUAUGAGCCGCUGCCAUAUUUUUUAUCUAAAAUACUCUCGCUGCUACCGUUCUGUAUCGUACACACAUUUGGAUUUUUGAUCAUUUAUUUUGCAUGUUUACCAUUUCUUGGAGGUAUUGAAUUAUUUUGGCAGAUGUAUGCAAUUUUGUUUGGAGCAUCCUUAGGCGGUUCUGCUCUUGGGCUAUGCCUAUCGGCAUUGUUUCCAUCCAUAGAGUCUAUACACCUCUUCAUUGUGCCAUUGGAGUUGAUUUGCCUACUUCUCUCUGGACUUUGGAUAAAAAUUACCACCCUUUCAAAUGUAUUUGCUGUGAUAAAAUACUUUUCGCCGUUUUAUGUAUCAUUCGAAUCCAUAUGUAUAACAUUUUGGUUGAAAGCUGAUCGAAUAAGCAAGUGUCAUAGUAUUAAAAAUGAAACAAAUCUGUGCACUGGAACCGAAGUGUUGGCCCAUUACGGCUUGAAUAGUGAAUAUACAAAGGUUUUGAAUAACUAUCUUUACCUAAUUAUAUUAAUUUUAGUUUAUUGUUAUAUAGGUUAUAUAGGGAUAUUAAGGAAAAGAGCUCUGUAUCAUGUUUAAAAAUAAAUGUAUAAAGAGUC